AUGGCCGACGUACCCCACGCAACGUUAAACACGGGAGCCAAGAUCCCCCUCGUCGGCCUCGGAUGCUGGAUGGGUGAGCCCGGUGGAGGCGAGCGCGCGUACGAGAUGACGAGGAAAGCUAUCGCAGCCGGGUACAGGCACAUCGACACCGCGGCGGGCUACGCCAACGAAGAAUUCGUAGGCAAAGCGAUCCGCGACUCCGGCCUCCCGCGCUCCCAAUUCUUCAUCACAACCAAACUGAACAACACGCACCACCAUACCGUCUCCUCCGCCCUCACCUCCUCCCUGCACGCCCUCGGAACCGACUACGUCGACCUAUACCUCAUGCACUGGCCGCAAGCCGUCGUAGACGGCCGAGUCCUGCAGCCGGACGAGAAGCCAACCAUCAACGACACGUGGGCGGAGAUGGAGAAGCUGUACGAACAGGGCAAGGCGAAGAACAUUGGUGUCAGCAAUCUCAGCGUGCGGAAUCUGCAGAGGCUGCAGAAGACGUGGACGGUCGUGCCUGCGGUCAAUCAGAUCGAGAUGCAUCCGUUUUUGCCGCAGGAGGAGACGAAGGCGUGGUGCGCGGCGGAGGGGGUACAUUUGACUGCGUACUCUCCGAUCGGUCAGCCGAGUGAAGGAUCGAAAGCGCCCUCGCUACUGAAGACCGACCUCGUCGUGCAGCUCGCGGAGAAGUACGGCGCUACGACCGGCCAGAUCUUGCUCAGCUGGGGCGUGCAGCGCGGCACGAGCGUUAUCCCCAAGAGCGAGAACGAGGAGCGCUUGAAGAAGAACAUCACCAUCGUCAAACUCGAAGACGCGGAUGUCAAGGCGAUUGACGAGCUGCAUAAGCAGCCGGGCUUGCACCGCUCGGUACUGGGGUACCACACUGAUGCCGGAGUACAUGGAUGGACACACGAGCAGCUCGGCUGGCCGUUCGAUGCAGAGGGCGUCGUCGUGAAGUCCUAG